AUGAAAGGUGCCACUGCAGUUCAAACAACCCACAGGUCUAUCAAGGCGCUCGAGAGAGCACCCCAAGGGAUCAUCUAUGAAUCGGGAAAUACGACAUAUUUCGCUGAUUCCAAACAUUCUCGCAGAGUUCUACACUACUCAGACCAGAAGGAGGAUGAUAAAUUGAUUCCAGUAACAGCCAUCGUCGCCAACCAAACCCAUAUCACUGGCGAGCUCCUUGAAGCCACUAUUGGCAGCUACCUUGAAGGUGACGAUGUUAUCUCCCACGGCUUUUUGGCAAACAUUUACCUGUCAUCCUCCUUUCCUCAUAGCAGUCUGGACCAGACGGCCAUAGAAUACCUCGCCAAUCGUGCAGUCGACACAGUAUUUAUUGAUUCAAUUAUCUUUGACCCUGUUCCGUCGGGCUUUGUCUCUAUUUGUGACACUUCGGAUAGACCUCUACCAUCUGGCCCCUAUACAGCCAUUAUCUCCGACGACAGCAUCACCCUUCUCACUACCUAUCGGUUAUAUAUCGAUAGCUUUCGCAGCUUCAUCACUGGCAUGUACCCAUCCAAUGAUGGAGUGGGAACUUUCUUUCCGCUCCAGUCCAUGAGCUCGAGAUUAUGGGGCCCGAUAAUCCCCGUCCCUAGUCGCAUCUACUCCUGGGCAGACCAGCGUCCACUGGCUGGAGUCCGAGUAGCUGUUAAAGAUCUCUUCGAUGUCCGCGGGCUACAGACGCCAGUCGGUAGUCAGGCCUGGGUCUCUAUUACUCCAAUUGCCAACGCCACAGCACCAUCUAUCCAGAGAUUGGUUGAUUUCGGCGCCGUCCUUGUCGGAAAGUACAAGCUCGCGCAAUUCGCCUCCGGCGCAGACCCGUGGGAAUGGAUGGACGAGCACCAUCCCUUUAACUCGCGCGGCGAUGGGUACCUGACUUGCUCUGCAUCCUCUUCCGGGGGCGGCUGCUCGGUAGCAGCAUACGACUGGCUGGAUGCAGCUAUAGGUAGCGAUACAGGUGCGUCGAUGCGUCUGCCUGCAGCGGUAUCGGGCACGUAUGGAAAUCGGCCCAGCCAAGGGAUGAUUUCUUUCGAUGGUGCUGUUCCCCUAAACCGGGCGCAAGACACGGCGGGCGUGUUCUCGCGUAAUCCGGUCGCAUGGGCGCGAUUCGCAAAGACGUGGUAUACCCAAGAGAUGCAUCAGAAUUCGGCUGUCACUGGCCUUUCGCCGCUGAAUGUCCCCGACACUAUGAAGUUCCCGUCGCGCGUUUUAUAUCCCGACGAGCAUUUCCCGAUGAAGAAUCCCGCUGCGCAGGUGAUCCUGGAUACGUUCAUUUCUAAGAUGUCGGCGUUGUUCAGCCUGGAUGUUCACCAUUUUAAUUUGACCAGGAUGGUCGACAACGCAUCUAUCUACUCGAACACGACAAGCCCCUGGGAAUCGAUCAUGAAUGCCUCUAUCAUGCUAGGUUCCUGGUCUCAGCAUGUUGAUGUCGCUGGUCCACUCAUCUCGGAAUGGGAAGCCCGAUAUGACGGACGAUUCCCACCCGUCGAGGCGCAGUGGCGCGCCUUAUGGUCGCAGUUCAAUGCUAGCCUCGUCACACAAGAGGCAUACAACAAGGCUUUGGUGAGUAAAGCGACAGCGGUAGAUUGGUUCGAGAAGAAUGUGCUGUACGAGACGCCGGAGUCAUGUUCGGAGUCGCUGUUACUGUGCGACAUUGGCACAGGAGGUGUCCCCAGCUUUCGCGAGAAGGAACUAAACGACGGGCCGAAUGCGACAUAUGUAACUCUGACUGGACAGGGGGCCCUGCCGUGUGCCAGCAUUUGUCCGAUGUUUGGAUGCGCCGAUUAUACCAUCCCGAUAGGCCAGGUUGACUACCAGUCUCCUAUCACAAUGGUUACAGAGCAGUUGCCUGUCAGUGUUAAUAUGAUUGCUCGACGAGGCUGUGAUCUCAUGUUGUUUAAUAUGGUGGAGAAAAUGGCCGAGGCAGGGAUUCUGCAGACGGUGAAAACGGGACGGACGGCAUUUGAGGUUUAG